ACAACCGUGGUGUGGAGCAUAUUCGAGUCGGUCAACAUUGCAUCGCGAAACCUUGGAUAGAGGACAUACGAUAUACUGAACUGCAACACAAAUAUGGUCGGCAUGAAAGAUCUUGGUUUCUUGCUGGUGCCCUUUCUUGUGUUGAUCGGGUUUUCGAUGCAGGUAGAUGUGAUAAGUGAGAAAGAGGGAGAAAAGGCAGGAAAUUUCAUGGAAGAUGAGCAAUGGCUGUCUACCAUCUCUCAAUAUAGUCGUAAGAUCAAACACUGGAAUCGCUUCAGAGACGAUGAUUACAUCAGGAAUUUGGAGGAGAACCCAGGCUCAGAUGAAACCGUGGACACCACCAAGGACCCCUGUCAGAAGGUGAAAUGCAGCCGCCACAAGGUCUGCGUCGCCCAGGGUUACCAGAGGGCCAUGUGUGUCAAUCGCAAGAAACUGGAGCAGAGGAUCAGACAACCAGGAUUGAAAACCAGUGAGACAAGCUGCAAGCCAUGCUCCGGGGCCGCCUCCUCACCUGUGUGCGGCUCUGACGGACACAACUACGCCUCGGAGUGUAAGCUGGAGCAGCAAGCCUGUCUCACAGGCAAGGAGCUGAGUGUGAAGUGCGCUGGCCUUUGCCCCUGUGCGAUUCCCAUCACGGAGACAAACGACAAACACGAGAGCUGCACUGGGCAGGACCUGGCGGACUUGGGUGACCGCCUGCGAGACUGGUUCCAGCUUCUCCAUGGCAACGCCAAGAAGAACAACUCAGGCAAACCCGGAGCUGGCACACCAUCAGUGCUGGACAAAAGUCUGGUGGCCAGCUGUAAGGACUCUAUAGGCUGGAUGUUCUCCAAGCUGGACACCAACAAUGACCUGUACCUGGACCAGGCUGAGCUUGCUGCCAUCAACCUGGACAAGUAUGAGGUGUGCAUCCGGCCCUUCUUCAACUCCUGCGACACUUACAAGGACGGAAAGGUGUCCACCGCUGAGUGGUGUCUCUGUUUCUGGAGGGAAAAGCCACCUUGCUUGGCAGAACUGGAGAGGAUCCAAGUACAAGAGGUGGCCAAAAAGAAGCCUGGGAUGUACAUCCCAAGCUGUGAUGAAGAUGGCUACUACAGGAAGGUGCAGUGUGAGCAAAGCCGAGGAGAGUGCUGGUGUGUCGACCAGCAUGGUGUAGAAAUGAUGGGCUCGCGAAUCCAUGGCAACCCUGAUUGUGAUGAGGUGGUGGGAUACUCUGGAGAUUUUGGUAGUGGAGUGGGAUGGGAGGAUGAAGAGGAGAAAGAGGCAGAGGAGAACGGAGAAGAGGCAGAAGAGGAGGAAGAAGGAGAGACAGACGAUGGAGGCUACAUUUGGUAAAACUCAAACCCGAUGGAGAGUCCAGCUAAGUCCACCUGGCUUCAAUUUACAUUGAGGACUCUCUACUUGAAAACAAAAGAUUCUGGGAGUGGUCUGGGGCAUGGCAUUCUGUAUUGAAUCUCUUGGGUUAUGGGUGCAGUGGUGAGAUGACCAGUUUUUGUCUUAGAUGUGUAUUGCUUCAUUCUAUUUUGGUUUUGUGAGCAAGCGAGCUUUAUAUUUUGCUGUCCUGAAACCCAGGACUGCCACUGGCAACUGUGCCCUAGGUAUACACCAUCAGAGAUUCUAUAAGUCCUUCUACUGUCAUCUAAGCAUCUGUAUAGAUUCUUCAUUGUGAACAACUGCUUGAAUUUUAGAUUGCCACCAUUCUGCUCAAAUGACAAGCUAAAUGAAUUUUAACUGUUCAUUGUUUGGAAAGGAGUGAAAAUCUAGUUUUACUGUAAAUGUCCUGUGGAAAUGAUCUUAUGGCCUAUGAGACAAGAUGUUAGCAAAACACCUUUUUUCUAAUGUGUACACAAUAUUGUGCAAAAUUGUAAUCUCUCUACAUGUUUAUUUCCUACAGCCACAGAUAUUUUGAAGGAUUUCAAUUUCAAUUAUGGACAUAAUGUGUCCAAGCCUGUGAGUCAGAUAACUAUAACGUAGCUACAAAUGGUGAGAUAACAGAGGUUGCUUCAUAAAGAUUUGCAAAAACAUUUCUUCUAAAAGUUUAUGUAUUUGUUCAGCUCAUGAAAGUCACCAACUUUUUCCAUGCUUUUUGAUUAUUUAAAUCAACAGUGUCUAAAGUCUCUUACAUUUUUAUGAAACUUUGGUUAACUAUUACAUUAAUUUACCUAAACCUUGUAGAAUGUACUUCAUCAUUCAACAUUACAAAGAACACCACCGGUCCCUCUGCCAUACCUACUGACUUUGGAAUUACUCAAAGAAUGUGCCACUCAAUGUUUAAAUCGUCAGUAUGCUACUUGAAAAUGUAUUUUUUGUGUUCAUAACAAAAAAAAGUGUAUGUUACUUGAAGUUCUGUGUGUAUACUUGAAAUACCACUGUUAUGCUUUUUUUCUAAGAGUGUGUUACUAUUUGUUCUUUAAUGUUCAUGAUAGGGCAGAUAUUUGGUUGUUUUUAGUAUUGCAUGUUAGUGACAGGAAUGUACUUCUCCUAGGCUGAGCACUUUACUAUUAAAGGCAGCGGGGCCAAAAAGGUCUUGUGUUUCUAUGUCACUUUACAAGGUUCAGGUUGUUGUUUAAAAAAUUUGAUCAAAUUCAACCAGCCACCCCAGCUUAGUAGGCUACCAAGCGGUUGUAAGUCCAUCACUUACAGUAGUUUCCCCUUUGAGUUAAUGAUAACUCAAUUUAGUUUUUAGUCAAAAUGCUGUUACGUGACAUCAUCUGCAGGGCUGGGCACAUUGUACUCAUGGUUCUGAACAGUUAAACUACCCACCUGCUUUAUCAAGAUUGUUAUUCAGCCAUUACACAGUGUGGGAUAGCAUAUUAUAGCAAUAGAGCUACACCAACACAAACAUGUAGCCUAUGUUGCUGUUACUGUCUUUCGAUUGGUUAGAAUCUCUAGAACAUGAUGCUGUAAACAUUUAUUUUUGAAUUUUAGACUCGAUCUUAGACAUUUAAGUGGUACUCGGAUGCCCCCUAAUGUUCAAAUAUGGAAUUAAACCCAUGGCAAAGGCAACACACAGCACUUAUAAGUAGUUUUUUCUGCAAUUGGUCUCAUCUUUCAGAGCAUGGGAAAGACUUCAGUAAGAUCCAUCUUCCAAGAGGACGAAUUUGGAUGCAACACUACUUGCCUCAACUCCUUCAUAUUGGAUUUCCUCCUUUUUAAACAUGCGUCAGGCCGCUAGGCGAUGUCUCUCGUGACAAGUACAAGACGCCACUCUCGGAUCUAAAUAAUGUAAGGUCUCAAAGUGCCAUUUGCCGUCUCCGACAGCAACAUGGUACUCUGCUUGGAAAAACUUAAAGGGGAGAGAGUUAAACAUGCAUGUUUUUUUUUUUGUUACAGCUCAAGCUCUAUGUAGAGCAGACGUUAGAUUGUUCAAAAUAUGUAUUUUAUUGAAUCACAUGAUCAAUAAUCAUAAGUACCUCCAGGAAUGUACGCAGCUUGUUCAAUGACAUGAACUGUACAAAGGAUACAUCUCUAUUUUACAUCAUUUACAAUUGACUCAAACAUAGGUGGAGCACAAAAGUUGAACACUGGUAUAAAAGCUAUAUUCCUGGAGGUUUAAUGAUGCAGUUGUACUCUCAUAUCAAUGCAGAUAGUCAAAAGGUACUUGCAGGAUUUCAAGCUCUGAUUUGUUUGAUUCAUCAGAAACAUAAUUUAACAUUAUUUCUAUAAUAACUUACACAGCAUACAGGAAUUUUGUCUGUAGGUGACUGCGACCAUCCUCACAGUAACUUGAAAUAUAU